UACAUUGUGUGCUGACAGUCUUCUUCUUUGUUUCAGAGCCAUCCUGAAUGUCUGUUUUGCGUACACUGCCCGUGAUGACAUGUGUACAGCAAUGAGGGAGAUGGUUGAGGGUGUCAGUAAAGGGCUGCUCAAACACAGUGACAUAUCUGAAGAUCUGUUGGGGAAGUGCCUGUACACAUCCCAGUCUCGCCACCUAGAUCUGCUUAUCCGUACUUCAGGAGAGGUCCGACUCAGUGACUUUCUGCUGUGGGAGAGUUGCUAUAGCUGCCUGGCCUUUGUGAAGGUAUUGUGGCCAGAGUUCAGCAUCUGGCACCUGUAUGGUGCCGUCCUCCACUACCAGAGAAGUUACCAAGCAAUCCAGAAUGCAAAGCUGAACAGCGCCAUAGAACAAGAGCGGAUCCUACGGGAGUCUGACUACCAGUCCACGAUGCAGCAGCUGUCUUCGCUGGGUAAUGCCAGCGGCAUCAUGUCCCAGGGUCUUGUCCACCAGUACACAGCCGAGAGACAGGCGAGAAUAGAAACAUUCCUUCAUACGGUGCAGGAGAAACGGGACACUUACUUCCAUACCCUUGUCAACCAGACUGCAGUGCCCUGUGGGUCAUAACACCACGCAUGGGUGAGACAGUAGCUGGUGGAGGCAAGGCUGAUUUUAUAGGGUGCUUCAUCUGUGGGUUCUUACAACAAUUCAGUGUUGUGUGAAAGUGGCUCUGACUGGGAAGACUUUCUGUACUAGCUUAAGUGAGUAUUGAAACUGAUUUGUUCAGAGAUGAAUUGAUUGAUGAUGUGCAGGUUUUUGUGAUGUAUAAAUCACAGUUGUAUCUUUGACUUAAUGACAAUUACUCAAGGAAUGUGAUGCUGAGUCUGAUGUACAAGGGAGAUCACUGUGGAUUAGCAGUUUUUGCUAACCCUUAGCGUUGAGCUCUCUUGGAGGACCUGAAGAUUGACUGAAAUGGUUUGUGACAUCUGAAAGGCAGAACAGCUGAGAAUGCAUUUGUUUGUGAACUUCAGAACAUCUUGUUGAUGCUACAUUUACCCUUCAUGUAAGUGUCCUGGAUAUGUAUUGUAUUUAGUCAUAUCUCGGCAAGAACUGUGAGAGUACUUUGUAUAAACGAACUAUUUUACAACGUUCAUUAGAAACAGAAUGUUCAUUAGAAACCGAAUGUUCAUGAGAAAAUUGUGAAAUACAAAGAUUUGUUUUACAGAAGCCAGACAAAUAUGAUUUUGUGUCAGGUGAAGUUAUUAACUACGUAAGUCAUCUGUGGUUGGUUGGUUUGGUUUGUUGUUUAACGCCGCACUCAGCAAUAUUCCAGCUAUAUGGCGGCUGUCUGUAAAUAAUCAAGUCUGGACCAGACAAUCCAGAGAUCAGCAUAGUGAGCAUUGAUCUACCCAGUUGGGGUGUAAGUCAUCUGUGAGUCUAUUCUUAUUGUAUAUAAAGAUGAAUGGUGGUGCGUGGAGGAAGGGUUUGUAAUGAGUCUCUGUAACAUCAAUAUUACAUCAAUAAACAUGCUGAACUCAA